CAGACGUCAACGUCGUGCAUGCGGCCUCACGGCAAGCAAACUCGCGACACGGUAUGAACCGGUUGUUGGGAGUUGUGACUCUCUUGGUGACCCGCAGUGAUUCUAUUUCAUAGAAAUACAGUUCAUACAGGACCCAUCAAGGUAUUUCGAAAUCAACUUCCAUAAAUGCUGUGGUAUAGUGUUGAUAUUUGAACGAGCGUUUCGCGUCCCAUUUGUGGCACUACCAUGAAAACGACGAAAGUAACUGUAGGUAGUCAGUGCGAACGAGUUCGUGACACGACGACUGACCCGUCCAAAGAGUCUAAUGGGGUUCUUGUCCCUGGAAUUUCCCCGAACGUCAAAGUUGAAGUAAACAACAAUCACACAUGCCAUUUGAACUUCAAGGAGGAGGGUAAGUCUCCACCUUCCCUUCAAAUUAAGAAGGAAUAUGGAAGAAGUCAUGUUGCAGGAAAUGAAUUUGGGCAUGAAAACUGUAGUUCUUAUUCCAAUCCAGAAAAAGUUGAAGCAAAACCAUCUUCUUGUUUUCAUUCUGGAGACAUUAUGAAGGAGUCGAAGGAGAACCUUCUUUCAUGUUAUGUGAAAAGUGAAGUAUCUGUAUCUGACACAUCGAAUGCAAGUGUCAGUAAACCAGUGCACCACAGAGCAAUAAGCAAGCAAGCAAAUGAAGCAAGAAGUAAUGUUUUACGCGUUAUAGAGGAGUACUUUUAUCUUGAGUCAAAGUACCUUAACUUUUCAGAAAACGGUGAAAAAUUUGCCUGUACAUUGUGUCCUACCGAAUAUUUAUCUCAUGGAGUAAUGUUGUCGCAUCUCUUGGGAAGUAAGCAUAUGGAAACGUUUUGGACAAGCAAACAGACCAGUGCUUCCAUAAUAGAAAAGGUUGAGAAAUUGGCUAGUCUUGUACCAUUAAUGAAGAAAGGUGCUGCCACUGAUGUAAUUGCAUACAACCCUUUAUCAAUUUAUGAUACUGCUCAAAGGCUGGACAAGUUGUUGCUUAAACUAGUGAAAAAAGGAUCUCCCUGUUUGCCAGGCACGCUUCAACAGGCCUUUUAUCUAUGUGACUGUAUAAUGGACUGUGCAGCUGAGGAUGGACAGCUUCAGAAUUAUAUUCCAAAAAGAAAGGUGAAUUUCAUCAAGACUGGCGAAUUCUUUUUGGGACAGAAAGUCAAAUUGGAACAGAAAGUUGAAGGUGGUAAAGUGAACUGCAAAGUUAUGUUGAAGAAAGAAUUUUAAGUUGUAGCAAAAACUACUAAUGCAUCCUCGUAAAUUCAAUUCUACAAGUACUAGUUUCUUAUCUACACUUGAAUUGUUGGUAUAACCAUGAUUCAAUUGUAGAUAUGUAAUUACAAAGAUGUUUUUCAGAAUAAGUGCAUAAAGGAAAAGGUCUAAAUAAUUCAAUUGAUAGUGUAUUGGAUAGGUAUAUUUUAUUUUCUAGUUAAAUCUCAGUCAAAGAUGUA